GGCCGUGCCGGGGAGGAGGAGGGGGAGCAGCGCCGCCGCCGCCGCCGCCGCCGCGGGCGGGCCCGUCCCCCAGCGCCCCCCGAACACCAUAGGCGGCUCCGGCUCCAAGAUGUCCAACCGGGUGCUCUGCCGGGAGGCCAGCCACGCCGGCAGCUGGUACACGGCCUCAGGACCCCAGCUGAAUGCACAGCUAGAAGGUUGGCUUUCUCAAGUACAGUCCACAAAAAGACCUGCAAGAGCCAUUAUUGCACCCCACGCAGGAUAUACCUACUGUGGAUCUUGUGCAGCCCAUGCUUACAAACAAGUGGAUCCCAAUAUCACCCGAAAAAUUUUUAUUCUUGGGCCUUCCCAUCACGUGCCCCUCUCCCGAUGUGCACUUUCCAGUGUGGACAUUUACAGAACACCUCUGUAUGACCUUCGAAUUGACCAAAAGAUUUAUGCAGAAUUGUGGAAGACUGGAAUGUUUGAGCGCAUGUCCCUACAGACAGACGAAGAUGAACACAGUAUUGAAAUGCAUUUGCCUUACACUGCUAAAGCCAUGGAAAGCCAUAAGGAUGAGUUUACUAUUAUUCCUGUGUUGGUCGGAGCACUGAGUGAGUCAAAAGAGCAGGAAUUUGGAAAACUCUUCAGUAAAUACCUAGCUGAUCCUAGUAAUCUCUUUGUGGUUUCUUCUGACUUUUGCCAUUGGGGUCAGAGGUUCCGUUACAGUUACUAUGAUGAAUCCCAAGGAGAAAUUUAUAGAUCCAUUGAGCACCUAGAUAAAAUGGGUAUGAGCAUUAUAGAGCAGCUAGAUCCUGUAUCUUUUAGCAAUUACUUGAAGAAAUACCAUAAUACAAUAUGUGGAAGACAUCCUAUUGGAGUGCUAUUAAACGCUAUCAACGAGCUCCAGAAGAAUGGAAUGAAUAUGAGCUUUUCAUUUUUGAAUUACGCUCAGUCGAGCCAGUGUCGAAACUGGCAAGACAGCUCAGUGAGUUAUGCAGCUGGAGCACUUAUGGUCCACUGAACUGCUGAAUGCUCAGGGAUGGCACCUGCACACACUCUGUAUUCGGGGUCCCAGCCUAGCCCUUACAAAGAUACAGUCCCUGGUCUUUGGGUAUACUGAAACCUCAAACUAAUAGAACUCUGUUCUUUUCUAGUAGGUGUAGUCCUUCCUUAGUUUCAACUCAUUUAAAAAUGCUUUCUUGUUUAGGACAAUGGAAGGAAGACUGGUAUCAGAGCUUUUUGUGAGAGUUGUUUUUUUUCUUUGGAAGAGAUAAUGGCUAUGAAGGCAUGGUGGUAGACUGUCCUUAAAAAUACAACAUGUAAAGCAUUUACCAUAUCCUAAAUUUGCACUCUUUGCAGACCUGUGCACAUAUACGCAGCUUUCAGAAUAGUUUUGCAAGUUGUAAACGGAAAAUGGGGGGAAAAGGGGGUGGAAGCUUUUUAAUAAAAGAAAAAAAAGGAAAACAACGCAUUUAUAAAUGAUUCUGUAUUAGAAUAUAAUAAAACUCCAGUAUAGUCAGUUACUACCCGUGAUGUACAACAGAUAUCUUCUAUUUUAGUUGCUAAUAAAGGGCUACACAAACCAAAA